AUGUCUCCUUCCAUCCCCAUGUGCUCAUUUUUGCCUCUUCUCCUCUCUUUUCCCCAGCUGCUGUCAAAGGUUCGUCUGAAUGAAAACAUUGGCAUCCUGCCAUUGCCAACAUCUAGCAGCGACCUCUCUGAGCGGACAGCCUGCAGUGUGGCCGGCUGGAGCCCGAAUCAGGAAGAUUGCCCAUAUGUGCUCUAUGAGGCCAACGCCAGCAUCUUCGACCGACGCAAGUGCCAGAAGUUCUAUCCCCAGAUCGACGAUGGAAAGAUCUGUGCAGGCCAUCAGUCUCAGUUAUUUAGGCAGGGGGAGAUGGGUGAUCCUUUGGUGUGCAAUGGCGUAGCGCAUGGAAUCCUCUCCUACAGCAACCCCUGCCCUCCUGCCGUUUACACCCGCAUCGCCCAGUACCUUCCUUGGAUCAAGAAAACCAUGGCCAAGUGAAGAGAAGAAGGAAGACCUCCUUCUUCUUCUUGCCUUUAAUGCUUCUGCUUGCUACAUAAGCUGUUUGGCUUGAAU